AUGGUGAGCAAAGAGGUUGGUAAAUGCAUGCUCACCAACUCUGAAUCGGACUCUGAGGCAGCACCUUCUAUGGCCCUGGAGGUGAAAGGACCGUCGGAUGGGAGUCGGCAGGUGCGCAAGCGCAACAAAGCCUUGCAGGUACGCUUCAAGGACAUCUGCGAUGCCCAGAGCGAGCAGGCAGCUGUGGCACAGGGAGCGAAGCCCGUCUCGUACAAAGUGGCAUACCUCAAGUACAUGACCGUUCCAGCCCGAAGAUCCAUACCCAAUGUGACAAAAAGCACUGGAGUGCAGACCUCUCCGGACCUGAGGAAGCGCUACCAGACUUUCCCACUGGAGAGGAAAAAGGGUCAAAGUGUGAAACAUGCGGCUACAGCGGAGAGCUAUAAGGACCAGGAUAAUGGAUAUGUUAUUGAUGUUAAGAGGGCUAAAGCGGCUGAAGGGGGGAGGGAAGAAACGUCGUCUCACACCGUACAAAAGACCAAAGCUUUGAUGCACACUAAUGAGUGCAUAACCACCAUAGAGCACCACACUCACGCUGCAGAAUGUACAGACAGGACACUGCUACCCUGUCCCUCAGCGGACCAAUCAAAUUACCAGGUCUGUACGGUGAAGAGCAAACAUCGAAAGAGUUUCCAAAGGGACUCGGAGUCAUUGGACCGCUCAGGAAAAUGGCAAAUAACAAAUUCUGAGGACAGAGACGGCACUACACUGCCAAACUCUGGCUCCAAAGUGACGAGCCCCAUAUCCUGGAACUCUUUAACGCAGGUGGAGUGUCUGGAGAGCCCGACGGCACGCAGCAAGCGCAAAAAGGUUCUGCAGCUAAAUGGCCUGCAAUCACAGACACUACCGAGGACUGGCUGCACCACACAAGUGCAGUGCCACGCUGGAAUGAUCUCUGCUCGGCCCAUACAGGCAAUGGAGGAAGCAGCAGCGGCAACAGCAGCAGCAUCGUCACCUGCUGCCGUUCUACCACCUACGUGUCAGGCUGGAACAGGAGCAGUACCAGGCACAGGGAAUCUACAGGUGGAAAGCGAGGCAUGCAAGCAGAUAGUGCCUGUGAAUCAGGAAAAGGAUGUAAAAGCACAGUUGCAAGCCAUGGAGAACAUGAUCAGCUCCAGUCAGGAAACCAUCAAAGUCCUGCUGGGAGUCAUCCAGGAGUUGGAGAAAGGAGAGGCUCUUAGAGAAGGUCUCUCCUAUCGGACCGGGCAGGACACGGCCAACUGCGACACAUGCAGGAACAGCGCGUGCAUUAUUUACAGUGUGGAGCUGGACUUUAAGCAGCAGGAGGACAAGCUGCAGCCGCUAAUGAGGAGGUUGUGCUCCAUCGAGGACUCGUCCUUCCCCUCGCUGCCUUACCCUCAGGAGGCCUACACCUCCACGCCCAAACGCAAGGCCAAAGCCGAGGCCAAGAAACACACACGCUGGAAACUGUGGUUCCUCUGA